CAGAGGACGCCGGCGUCUGAGACAGUCGCGCGGGAAGAAGCCAACGCUUGACGCCCAGCACCGCAGCGACCGCGGCCCCUGGUGGCGGCGACAGCAGGCGCAGCGGAGGGACGCGGCGGCGAAGUCUAACGACGAAGGCUAACGGCUCGGCGCCGGCGCUCCGGAUGUGACGUCCUCAAAGCGUCGCGGCCCUAAGCAUGGCUCACAUGGCCGCCCAACGGCCGCCCGAGGAAACCCUGUCGCUCUGGAAAGGGGAACAAGCCCGGCUGAAAGCGCGCGUGGUGGAUCGGGACACGGAGGCCUGGCAGAGGGACCCCAGCUUCUCGGGGCUGCAGAAGGUCGGGGGCGUGGACGUGUCCUUCGUGAAAGGGGACAGUGUCCGGGCCUGCGCUUCCCUGGUAGUGCUGAGCUACCCAGAGCUCAAGGUGGUGUAUGAGGACAGCCGCAUGGUUGGCCUGAAGGCCCCCUAUGUGUCAGGCUUUCUGGCCUUCCGAGAGGUACCUUUCCUGGUGGAGUUGGUACAGCGGCUUCAAGAGAAGGAACCAGACCUCAUGCCCCAGGUCCUUCUUGUGGAUGGAAACGGGGUGCUUCACCAACGAGGCUUCGGGGUGGCCUGCCACCUUGGUGUCCUUACAGAGCUGCCCUGCAUCGGCGUGGCCAAGAAGCUCCUGCAGGUGGAUGGACUGGAGAACAAUGCCCUGCACAAGGAGAAGGUUGUGCUCCUGCAGACUGGGGGAGACACAUUUCCUCUGAUAGGCAACUCUGGGACUGUCCUGGGAAUGGCCCUAAAGAGCCAUGACCACAGCACCAAGCCCCUCUAUGUCUCUGUGGGCCACAGAAUAAGCCUGGAGGUCGCUAUGCGCCUCACCCACCACUGCUGUAGGUUCCGGAUCCCAGAACCUAUACGCCAGGCUGACAUCCGCUCUCGAGAGUACAUCCGGAGGACACUAGGACACCCUGGGGGGUCUCCCGCACAGGGAAAGGACGGGAGCCAGAAGGAGCAGAGGACAAAUGUAUGCCCCCAAGGAGGCCUAGGAGCACCUGCAGAUCAUGGCAGGCCUCCUGAAUGCAGAGGCUCUGGCACAGACCGGAAAGACCCAGAGCCAGGCUUUCAGGAACAAGAGGACCAGCAGUUGGAGAGAACGGGGCAUCAGGAAGACUAAGGCCCCUGGCCUCCAAUCACCACCCUGAGAUGAUCUCUAGGAGCAAUGGGAACCUCACCCACAGCCACAGGUGGAGCACCACACCCCAGAGGCAACAGUGGCUGAAACUCAGGAGGAUGCAGCCAGUUUAGUCCAGCAUGGGCCAGUGGCUGCCAGCCUCCUCCAUCACUGGCUAGUGAGUGUGGUCACCAUGCCCAGCAGGACCACAUUCCAGACCAGGAAGCACACACAAGCACCAAGAGGACAUGAAGGACUUCAGGCUUCAGGUGCCCAGAGGCCCUGCAGUUGGCAGCCUGUGCCAGCACCUGCAGCUCCUCCCUUCUCCCUCUGCCAAAUACAGAUCUGGUUCUGGCUUUACGGCUUUAUCCUCAUGCAUCACUCUUACUUCACCAUCCUAGCCACAGUAGACUGUCAUUCAUGGGUAUAGCCAGGCUGCAGCCCCCAAGGUGCCUGUCCUUAAGCCUGCCUGCCACUGAGCUCCAGGGACCUACAGUGGGAAAGCCUCAAUCCUGGAGCGGGCUCAAGAGUGGGCGCUGGGGAGUCAGCUGCACAGAGGGUGCCAGAUGGGAAGCCGGUUGAGGCCCAUGGUGAGAAAGGCCCAGGCUCAGCUCCUCACUCCUCUUCCUGCCACCCUCUCACCAGAGAGAGCGUCAAAAUCCCAUCCCACUAAGAAGGUGGGUCUGUUCUAGCCUGGUGGCUUCUUGUCUGGGUGGCCUUGAAGGGGCUGCUGAGGCAGGCCAGCAGCAUGGCUGCAGUACCCUGUCCUCCCACACACAUUCUAGGCUCACCAGAGUGGCAGCUGAGCUGGGACACAGAGAUGACACACCUGUGACAUGUCUCCGGCCCGCACCCUAGUCCCUAGACUCCCUGGAGGAGAGGUGACAGAUGGUAGCUAGCUGCCAAAUCCUGUAGCUACCCAUAGGGGGUGGUCAGGAUGGGCUGAGGGUCAGUGACAGGAAGGACAGAGGGGUGGUCAGGAUGGGCUGAGGGUCAGUGACAGGAAGGACAGAGGGGUGGCUCUCCUAUGAUACCCAGACCCUAUGGACUGAGCUGGGCUGCCGAGCCUCCCUCCCAAGUCAGUCCAUCGUGACUGUCAAGACCUUUUGGGGGUAGGCCUGCUGCUGCAGUCUCUGAUGAAGCUGGCAGCUCAUCCCUACUCCCUGGGGUUUCAAGUUUUGGAUAUAAUAAAGAUAUACAUGUGGUUCUGUCACCAAGUAAAUGAGGUGUAGGGUAAAAGGAGGCAACCUCCCCACCACACACUUGGUGUGUAGGCCAGCCUCCGAGGGCAAGAGCCCCAGGGCCAGCCAGGGUGUCUGAGCAAGAAGGUAACCCUGCAGUACCCACAUCCACCCACUGGCCCUCCCCGCCCUUCAUGAACAUUGUGCGCGUGCACACAUACACACACACAUACGCGCGCGCGCGCACGCUUCAUGUUCCCUGGCAUUCCUGUGGAAACCAGUGCUGGAGGGCCUGCAGCUGUCCCACCAUCUGCCUUCCUAACUUCCAAAUUUCUGCCUUCUCAAGCCCUGUCAAGACAGUUGUGGAGGGGGUUUUGGAGGUGGGGGAAGCAAAAAGGCUGAAGCUCAACCACAAUGGCUAGAAUCAUUGCAAAGCUUCGAUGUCAGGAGGGGAGUAAGGCCUGCCCAGCCUCUCAUGCAGCCAGGUUCUCAAGGAGAGGUGGCUAAGGGCUUUGCACAGGGCCAGCACACAGCAUCCUUGGGUGAAGGAAAGCUGUUUAGAGAAGUAGGCCCCAGAAGCCAAAGCCCUCAGUCCUUAAGGCCACCCUCACAGGUGUGGGGAAGAACAGCUUACCGAGUCCCCAUCCAGGCCUCACUUGAACAGGCAGCUCCUCUCCUCCCACUCCUGUGAGCCACCAGAGUGUGGCUGGGGAUCCAGCCUGCUCACCCAGGCUCAUCUGUUCAACAGGAGACCUUCUCCAGGACACACAGAAGUCAGACUGGAUGCCGCUCGGCUUGGUACCUUCCAACACUCAGACUCUCUUCUCAACCUGGACAGAGCGACCAUGCCCACCUUUGGAGAGUAGCUCUCCAAGCUGCCAGUGCAGCCAGAAGCUGUGAGCACUCUCCCGAGGCGCAGGCCGGAGCCUGAAAGGGGGCUUCUAGACAACUUUUAUGCGAUUCAGUCUGAAAGAAAAUCCUUUCAGUCAUUAAAAUACAACUUCUUUUGCACAGUGGAGUGUCUGGGGAGCCUGAGACCAGAGAAUCUCUGGGCCUGGGUUCAAGGCAAGCUGAGGGACAUAGACCUGAGGCUUUGUCAAACAAAAAGGAUUCAUUGUCUUGUGCAGCCAUUACCAUUCUUGCCCGGAAGCAUUUCUAUUGUCCCAAAGACAGCCCUAUGCUACUGGCUUCUAGUCCCCGCCCUUCCCUACAAGACCCCGUCAGCCCAGCUGCGCUGCUGCACGUGUGUGGUUUGCCUGCUUGCAGGCUCCUUCAGUGGCCACCAUGGAUCACCACUUCGUGUCCUGCAUUUGGUUUGUCCAGCCCUGAACUCCCAUGUGUGUGUCCUACAGAGCCUAUAUCAAGAGCUCCUUUGUAACUUUCCAGUUCUCAUGGGUGCAUCUGUGCCUCUUCCUGUAUAGGAAACCCAGCCCCAAGACGCUUCCCACAGAAGCAGCCCCUCCCACCACCCUGUCACCACCCACCCCAAAGGCAUGUCCCUACCUUCCCAGUAGUGAGUGGGAAGCAGUGACCUGAUGUGAGUUGGCUUGCCUUCUCAUGAUGAAUGGCAUCAGCACUCUGCACACCGGCCGUUUGUAUGUACUGGGAUAGAUGCAUCGUCACAUCCUUUAUCUGUUGCCUGUGUUGGGGCAUGUGUGGAACUGGGUCAUUUGUGGUUGUGUUUCAAGUUCUUCUGGAUCUUAGGAGCUACUCUUAAAUUUAAUGCAUUAC